AUGAAUUUUAUUCUUAAGAGUGAAUAGAACCUAAAGUAUAAAAUUCCUUUGAAUCUUUCAACAAUUAUCAAAUGGAUUUUCAACGGGGAUUCUACAUUCAACGGAUUUUAGUUUUAGUGGAAAAACUCCUGGAAAACUAUUCUGUUGACUCAUGAUCAAUCUUUGACUCUUAAGGAUAAUCUGGAUGGAAAGGUUACUUAUAGUAACUUAGCUAAAAUGUAUAAUCUAAUCCAUUGUGAGAGAUCAGGCUAUUCUAGCAAGGUAACCUUUUCAGUAAUAUUAGGUUUAUUUAACUUAUUGUUGUGCCAAUCAAAAAAAAUAUUAUAUGUAAAUUUUUCCAAUCUCUGAUUUGACUAAUUAGGUAUUAGACUUUUAUUAAGUAGGAAUAUAUAAGAUUAAUACAAAUUAUAAACAUUACUCAUCCAAACAUUCUUAAAUGUGAAGAGUAUUUUGUGGAAGAAAAGAAUUUGUAUAUAGUAACAAAUAUUUUAAAUGGAAGAACGUUAAAGGAAAGGAUAGGUAGUCAGUAUAGGAUGGAACCUUAAGAAAUCAUUUCUAUUAUGAAAACUCUUCUUAAGUUUAUAAACGAUAUGCAUAAGUAAGGGUAUGUAUUUAGAGAAAUCACAUCGACAAAUAUAUUUCUUUAGAGUGAUGGAGAAAUUCUUCUCAUAGAUUUUGAAUUACUAGUAAAAAUUGAAGAAGCCUUCAGAACUAAGGCUGUUUCUAAAGAGAAAGACUUUAUGCAUGAGUUUAAGGAUUCAACCAAAAAUACUCAUGAAGAUUGGGUUGAAAUGGAACGAUUUUGUUAUGAAUAACAUGAUGUUUUGAUUUUAGGAUAUCUAUUAAAGGAAAUGUAUUAAGAAAUUGCAUUUUAGGUUAACUAGUAAAGUCUAACAAUUACAUCCCCAAGAAAGGGCAAGGCAACUCACAAUUAAUAAGACUAUACUAAUUCAUAAAUCACCAAAAUAUUAUUUAUGCUAAUUAUUGCAAAGAAUGUUAGAACCAGAUCCAAAGGGGAGGAUAACAAUAUAGAAUGCUAUUUAUUUUUUAGAAGAUAUUGAUUUUGACGAUAAUAGCUAUGAAGAUUUCCCUGAUACAUCAGAGGAAUAAUAAUUUCAACCAGUCAAAUCAAUUUCAAUAAAGACAUUCCUCGUUUGA